AACAAAUUACCCCAAAACAUUUGUUAUUUCAUAAUUUCUGUGGUUCAAGAAUCUAGGUAUGGCUUAACUGGGUACCUUUGGUUCAAGGUCUCUCAUAAGACUGUAACUGAGGUGUUGGCUGGAGUAGCAGUCAUCUCAAGGCAUGAUGGGAAGGAUCUGCUUCUCAGAUCACUUACACGGCGACUGGGAGGCCUUACAUCCUUGCUUUAUAUUAGCUGGAGACAUCAUUGUUUUGCCAUGUGGAUUUGUUUAGCUCACAACAUGGCAGUUGGCUUCCCUGAGUGAGAGAGGAUGACCAGAUGGAAGCCACAGUCUCUUUAAUCUCAGAAACAGCAUCCUGUCAACCUCUGCUGCAUUGUCUUCUCUAGAAGUUUCCAGUAAUUAUCUGCAGAAAUCGCCAUGACCCCAGCUCUGAGGGAGGGAACAGCAAAGGGUAUCUGCUUUUCAUCUUUGCCAAGUACCAUGGAGUCUGACAAGAUGCUAUGCAUGGAAAGUCCGAGAACUAUGGAUGAAAAGCUAAAAGGAGACACUUUCUCUCAAGUGCUGGGAUUUUCAACUCCCGAGCCUACUCUUGAUACUAAUUUUCUGAAUUUAAAACAUUUUGGCUCUCCUCAGUCUUCAAAACACUAUCAGACAGUUCUUUUAAUGAGUUCUAAUUCUACAUUACAUAAAUACAAUGACAAUUAUAAGCAAAAAAAUUUAGGAGAGCCCAAUUGCAAUAAGCUGAAAAGCAUAUUGUGUAAUGGUAGCAACAUUCAGCUCAGUAAAAUCUGUCAUUCUCAUUCUGAAGAGGUCAUCAAAAAGGAGCCUUUAUCAGAUAAUACAAGCCAGUACAUGAAAGAUGUACAAAUUAUUUUGGAUUCAAAUGUAACCAGAGACACUAAUAUAGAUAAAGUACAACUGCAAAACUGUAAAUGGUACCAAAAGAAUGCAUUUAUGGAUAAAGUUACUGAUGCUGAGAUUAACAAGGGUUUUUUGCACUGUGCUCAAAAGAAAAUUGGACCUGGCCACUCAAAUGUGCCUAUUAGUUCUUCAACUGCUGAAAAAGAGGAGGAAGUGAAUGCUCGUUUACUUCAUUGUGUAAGUAAACAGAAAAUUUUACUUAGCCAGGCUAGAAGAACUCAGAAACAUUUGCAGAUGCUCCUGGCAAAACAUGUUGUUAAGCAUUAUGGUCAGCAAAUGAAAUUUUCUAUGAAGCAUCAACUCCCCAAAAUGAAGAUCUUUCAUGAACCUACCACAAAUAUGGGUAACAGUUUACCUAAAUGCACUGAUAGUAAGCCAGAAGUCCACAUAUUGACUGCAGAGAAUAAAUUAUGGGAUGAUACAAAAAAUGGCUUUGCACGGUGUACAGCUGCAGAAAUCCAAAGAUUUGCAUUGUCUGCUACAGGGCUGUUGUCUCAUGUUGAAGAGGGUCUGGAUUCUGAUGCAACUGAUAGCAGCUCUGAUGACGAUUUGGAUGAAUAUACCAUUAGAAAAAAUGUGGCAGUUGACUGUAGUACUGAAUGGAAGUGGCUUGUAGACAGAGCAAGAGUUGGCAGCCGAUGGACUUGGCUUCAAGCCCAGAUUUCAGAGCUCGAAUACAAAAUCCAACAACUAACAGAGGUUCACAGGCAGAUUCGUGCCUCCAAGGGGAUAGUGAUCCUAGAAGAAUGCCAACUUCCAAAAGACAUUUUGAAAAAACAAAUACAAUUUGCAGACCAAGCAGCUUCGUUAAACACUACAGGGAAUCCUCAGGUUCCCCGAGAGUGUCAAGAUCCUUUACCAGAACAAGAUUUUGAAAUGUCACCAAGCAGCCCUACUUUACUUCUUCGAAACAUAGAAAAACAGAGUGCACAGUUGACUGAGAUCAUCAACAGUUUGAUUGCCCCUCUCAACUUGUCCCCAACUUCAUCACCCCUCUCUUCCAAAUCCCGUAGCCAAAAAUGUCUGGCUAAUGGCAUUUCCAGGAGUGCUUCAGAGAAUUUAGAUGAGCUCUCUUCCUCCAGUACCUGGUUACUUAACCAGAAGCACAGUAAGAAAAGGAGAAAAGACAGGACAAGAGUGAAAUCUCCAUCCUUGACUAUCAUGAGUACAGCAGCCCGAACAAGGCCACUUCAGAGUUUCCACAAACGAAAACUCUACAGAUUGAGCCCCACUUUUUAUUGGACUCCACAGACUUUGCCUUCAAAAGAAACAUUUUUAAAUACUACAAAAAUGCCUUGCCUACAGUCAGCUUCAACUUGGAGUAGCUAUGAACACAAUUCAGACUCUCAGCUAUUAAGGGAACAUGUAUCCGAGUUGGAUUCCUCUUUCCAUUCUGUUCUAUCAUUGCCAUCAGAUGUACCUCUUCAUUUUCACUUUGAAACAUUGUUUAAAAAGACUGAAAUAAAAGGAGAUCUUGCUGAAAAUAAAAUUGUAGGCGACUGUAUCAUAUCUCCAUCAUCUGUACAUAGCACUUCUCUAAAUCAAUGGAGAAAUGGAUAUUCACCUACAUGUAAACCUCAAAUAAGGUCAGAGUCUUCUACACAACUGUUACAAGGAAGAAAGAAAAGACACUUGAGUGAAACAGCAUUAGGAGAAAGAACUAAAUUUGAAGAAUUUGCUUUUCAACACACAGAACCAGGAUCCUAUAACAACUCUACUGCUGUUUGUAAUGUCAACAUUAUAUCAAGAACCCAGAAUUCAUCAUCACAAAAUGCUGCACGACGGAGAUUGAGAAGUGAGAGCUCUUAUGACAUAGAUAACAUUGUGAUUCCCAUGUCAUUAGUAGCACCAGCUAAGUUAGAGAAACUCCAAUAUAAGGAAAUACUUACUCCAAGCUGGAGGAAGGUUAUUCUUCAGCCCCUGGACAAAUGUAACCUAGGUGUGGAAGAGAUAGAAGAUCUUUCUGAUGACAUCUUCACCCUAAGACACAAAAAAUACGAAGAGAGAGAGCAAGCCAGGUGGUCAUUAUGGGAGCAAAGCAAGUGGCACAGAAGAAACAACAGAGCUUACAGUAAAAAUGUUGAAGGACAGGACUUACUUUUGAAAGAAUACCCUAAUUACUUGAGUAGCAGUCAGCACUGUGCUGCUGAAAGUCCUCCUGAGCUUCUUUCAGAGAACUAUGAUCUGUGCACACACAGUUCACCUUCUUUAAAUCAAAGUCAAGAAAUCAAAUCUUUAUGGUGGGAACGACGGGCUUUUCCAUUGAAGGAUGAAGAUGCAGCAGCCUUAUUAUGCCAAGAUGAAAACAAGGAUCAGAUUGAAAUGUCAAGCACAGUUUCUCACGGUGAAAUCUUCUGUACCAGUGUUUUAGAGAAUGGCCACCACCCCAAAAAACAGUCAGAUAGAAUGGAAGAGUUCAAAACCUUUGGUCUAGGACUUACUAAUGUUAAAAAAAACAGGUGACAGGGAACAGGUUAAGCAAACUACGUAAAUGAAGGAAAGACAGGAGGAAAGGAAAAGCCCUGUUCUGGAUGCCUGGGCCCUGUGGUCAUGAUUCCAGAAUAAGAGCAUGUGUUGCAUGUGUCAGUCUUUUAUGCUGUUCAUGAAACAAGCAAGAUAAGUCUCUCUUUCAUUCUUGAACCACAACAGUAACUAGCUUUUCAUCUGCAGACAAGUGCUAGUCAUUUGUGUUUACCAUGCAAAUUACGAGCACCAUGAUGUUAACUGUUGCAAUUGAUGUGAAAUCACAUUAUUGGGUAAUUUUUAAGACUAUACACUCACACAUACACGUACUUACACACACACACACCCCUGUGUGUCAAAUAACGAUUUGAUACACGUAGUUAUUAAUUAAAAUUGCCUCAGAAAUUAUUAGCGUAUACAAAUAUGUAUCUAUAAAACAUACACAAAUAUGCACACAUAUACCUAUGUAGUUUUAAUAAAACACUGACAAUGACCCACUCCACUUGGAAAUGCAUGUAUGAACUACCCUGAAGUAAACUAGUGUAAGCUACAGUAUAGAAAAAGCACGGGUUUCCCCUGAUAAAAAGACAUCUAAAUCUUGAAUACAGACAGAAGUUUCUUGUUUUUUCUUAAACAUGUUUAACCAAUAACAGAAAUUACUUAUGGAACUUCUUAAUACCAGAUAACACAAUACUCCUUUAUUCAAAAAAAAUCACUGAUACCCUUUGGACUAACCACAGGCUAUACUCUGUUCAUUCCUAACAGAAUGAGAAAGUAAAUGACAAUUAAAUGAGCACCAAACAAGAAAGUCCUAUAAAGUUUUUAAAAAGUGGCUGUAUUUCUAGCUAAUGUGGUCAUUCCUUGAUAUCACUUACCCUAUUCACAUAAGCACCUUUCAUCCUUGCAUCCUAGAUUGAGGAUUAAAAUUUUUCAAAGGACAGUGCUUCAAUAUUGGAUACUGAAGAGUGUACAUUAAGGAAAAUUCUUUUAUAAGUGACUGUGCCAUUUUUUUCUAUGUGAAGUUCAGGACAAUUUAUCUAAAUCAAUUUUGUCAUGUAAAAAAGGUUAUUCAAGUGGUAGUACCCAUAUAACUGAAAAUCGUGGCCAUUUGGCUUCGUCUAUGCAGUUUGACACUAAAGUUUUGGCCAGGGAUUAGGAAAUGAUACUGGUCCCUCUAAAGGGGAAAAAUUCAAAUUCAAUGCUGACAAACUUGCUUGUAGUUUUGCUGUACAUUUAUUUUUAAAGAAAAAGAAAACAAAAGCCAGACAAAUUCAAAUUGUCCAGGCAAAUAUACAAAUCUUUGUCAUGUCUGAUAAUUAUAAUCUUCUAUGUAAGUUUUUUAAUUAAAGUUAUUUCUAUAU